AGUAUGACCCAGACCUUUUCCGAAUGGCCCUUCCUUGUCUCAGUGCUAUAGCGGGGGCCCUGCCACCGGAUUAUUUAGAUACCAGAAUCUCAGCCACAUUGGAGAAACAGAUCUCAGUGGAUGCAGAUGGCAACUUUGACCCCAAACCCAUCAACACCAUGAAUUUCUCCUUGCCUGAAAAAUGGGAAUACAUCGUCACCAAGUACGCGGAGCAUUCACAUGAUAAAUGGGCCUGUGACAAGAGUCAGAAUGGAUGGAAAUAUGGAAUUUCCCUGGAUGAAAAUGUGAAGACCCAUCCACUCAUCAGGCCUUUCAAGACAUUAACGGAAAAGGAGAAGGAAAUUUACCGUUGGCCUGCCAGAGAGUCCCUGAAAACCAUGCUGGCUGUGGGCUGGUCUGUGGAGAGGACCAAAGAGGGAGAGGCCCUGGUUCAACAGCGGGAAAACGAGAAGCUUCGGAGCGUGUCCCAGGCCAGCCAGGGCAACAGCUACAGCCCUGCUCCCCUGGACCUCUCCAACGUGGUGCUCUCCAGGGAGCUCCAGGGAAUGGUGGAGGUCGUGGCUGAAAACUAUCACAACAUCUGGGCCAAGAAGAAGAAGCUGGAGCUGGAGAGCAAAGGUGGCGGCAGUCACCCUCUGUUGGUACCAUAUGACACCUUGACAGCCAAGGAGAAGUUCAGGGACCGAGAGAAGGCACAGGACCUGUUUAAAUUCCUCCAAGUGAACGGCAUCGUGAUUUCUAGAGGUAUGAAGGAUAUGGAGCUGGAUGCCUCCUCCAUGGAAAAGAGGUUUGCCUAUAAAUUUUUGAAGAAGAUCCUGAAAUAUGUUGAUUCCGCCCAAGAGUUUAUUGCCCAUUUGGAAGCCAUUGUCAGCAGUGGGAAAACGGAAAAGUCUCCCCACGACCAGGAGAUCAAAUUCUUUGCCAAAGUUCUCCUCCCACUGGUUGACCAGUACUUCACCAAUCACCACCUCUACUUCCUGUCAUCCCCCCUGAAGCCCCUUAGCAGCAGUGGCUAUGCCUCUCAUAAGGAGAAAGAAAUGGUGGCCAGCCUCUUCUGCAAACUCGCUGCUCUUGUUCGACACAGGAUUUCCCUCUUUGGGAGCGAUUCUACUACAAUGGUGAGCUGUCUUCACAUCUUAGCUCAGACACUUGACACAAGGACUGUCAUGAAGUCAGGCUCAGAGCUGGUCAAGGCCGGGUUACGAGCAUUCUUUGAAAAUGCUGCAGAAGACUUAGAGAAGACUUCAGAAAACCUGAAGCUGGGGAAGUUUACCCAUUCCAGAACACAGAUUAAAGGCGUGUCUCAGAAUAUUAACUAUACCACGGUGGCUCUGCUCCCCAUCCUGACAUCCAUCUUUGAGCAUGUUGCUCAGCAUCAGUUUGGGGUGGAUUUACUCUUAGGUGAUGUGCAGAUUUCAUGCUACCACAUACUGCGCAGCCUCUACUCCCUUGGGACUGGAAAGAAUAUCUAUGUUGAAAGUUCUGGGCAUGCCAGACACAGUGGAAGAGAUGUGUCCUGACAUCCCACAGCUGGAAGGCUUGAUGAAGGAGAUCAGCGACCUGGCCGAGUCGGGGGCCCGGUACACGGAGAUGCCUCACGUCAUCGAGGUGA